GCGGUUGUUGUUCGAGGCUCAGACAUUAGCUCUCAGUCAGUUGCGACUCCAGAUCACCGAGCCAGAGGCCGCAUCUAAGAGAGUGCCGGAGGCAGAGCGUGACAGGCGAAUGACCUUGCUGCGAGCAGAGUUGACUGGACUCAGCAUCGAGGGCCCGUUGGAGCCGGGUCGCAAGUUGCUAGACGAGUGUGCCCAUCAAGAAGCUACUGGGCAGCUGAAAUACUUGGCGCCCGAUCGGUGCGUGAGCAGGCUUCAUGAAGUGACGAACGCGAAAAACACUUCGCGGCAGGUCGAGAUUGAUCAGAGCAAGUUGAUUGUGCGAGAGGCACAGGACGAGCUCUCCAUGCCAGCCUCUUCCGCGCUUCAGGUGCAGGAGGCAUUGCGUCGCAGGGGGCUAGCUUACACCUUCGCCCAAGCUUUAUCUUGGAGUGCAUACGAUAAAUACCUCAUGCGACUUUUCAGCCAUAUGCAUCGCGAACCCCCACCAAACCACAACAGGGUAUCAGUGACCCAACUGGUGGAGGCCGACAGGCUUGUCUUCGUGAAGUUGAUCGAACAGAACAUCAAACCCAAGAGGGAUGCAUCGGGAUCUUUUCCGCUCGAUGACGCCCUUCAUCAAGCCCUCGAGUCGUAUGAGGUAAGCUUCGCACUCAUGCAUCUUCAAAGCAAGCAGGCUCCCCCCAGAGACCCUACUCGGCCGCCGUUCAAGAAGCUCAAGACUCAGCAUGACGAGGCCAACAUCACCAAACCAGGUGGGAAGUGGAAGGGCAAAGACAAAAAGGGCACAGGCAAGUCGACACCAUGGGUAAGCAUUCCGAAGUUCAUUCGAGAUCGCGGCGGACACGCGGCCACGCCCUCGGGUGAUCCCAUUUGCUUCACCUAUUCGCGAAUCCUAGUGGGUUUUACUGUCAAGGGGUUUGAAGCUUCACCGCCCAAGCUCAUCCAGGCGCUGCAGCAGGCCCAGUUUGCACUACCCGACAUCGGUACUGCCGACAUCUUCCGUGCCACAUCGAGUGCACCCGACUUUCAGGUUGGCUUGGAGUUGUUUUCGGGUCUAGGUCGGCUUACCUCUCACCUUAGGGCCCACGGGUACCCAGGUUCGCUGGCUGUUGAUGUCCUGCGUAGCUCGUCGGCAGCCUCUGUCGCGCACAGUCUGGAUGUUGUGCAUGCGGCACCCUUGAUCUGCGAGUGGUUACAAUCGCCCUAUGUCGCGAUUCUGCACAUUGCUCCACCGUUCUUCGUCGAAGCUCCGCUGGCCAUGGCCAUAGCAGCGAUUGUUGACACAGCAGUGGCAUGCGGCCAGGUGGUUUCCUUUGAACUGCCGGGCACCAGCCCUUUUUGGUCCACACCCACAGGCCAGCGGGUGUGCCAGCAUUGCCCGCAUGUCGUUUCGUUCGACUUGUGUUGCUUCGGUGCCGAUCCGGUGUCCACUCGCAUUGCCAGCAACAGCACUUGCUUCCAGGCACUCAGUAGGCCGUGCAAAUGCCAUCAUGCCAAGCUGCCACCCGAAACUUGCGAUCGUGUCUAUUCCUGGAACUUUGCUGUGCGUUUCGCUUCCUGUCUUAAGUCUUCUAAUGCGGUGCGACCGGCACAGGACUUCAGUGCCAAAGCUGCGACUUUGUCCCAACCCAAGUCGUCCAAGUUCCCAGCCAUGGUUUCCGAGCAUCAACAAGUUGUGCUCACGCAUGGCACAGCAGAUUGGCCCAUUCCGUGCAUGGCUCGCUUGAAGAGUCCGCUCACUCUUCCACCAUCCGUCACAAGUGAGCUUCGCACAUUGCCGAGCGGCGCACAGUUGCUCAGGGUAACACCGUGCAAUUCGGCUAAAGGGGGUGGGGAUUCUGAGUUCGUGUCAGCUUGGGGGAUACCUAGAUCACCCGAUGAGUUCGUCAAAGCUGCAGAAUCGGAGGCCGCAUUCAAGAAAUCCAUGGAGUUGAUGGAGGAAUAUGGUUACCCGGACAAAGAAGUGUUUGACGAGGUCAGCUUGGGAUCUUUGCGAGUGGGGACCGUCGCUGCGGGCGAAGAGCGGAACAAGUCCUGGGCCAGGGGCCCGCUGUCGCGCGACGAGCUUGCUAGCGACUCCCUUGUCAGUAGGGCGUACGACCUGAGAUCCGCUUACCGCCAAUUGCCGAUCCACCCGUCCUCGCUCAAGCACGCGCUUGUCAGUCACUGGAACCCCGAGCAGUGCGCUGUGGAGAUCGAUCAAUUAUUGGCUUUGCCGUUUGGAGCGGCACGGUCCGCUUACGGUUUCCUCAGGGCCGCGGCCUCGGUAUGGUGGCUUGGCUGCACCUGCCUCGGCCUGAUGUGGAGCGUCUUCUAUGACGACUUCGUCACACUGGCGAGAACUCGCGAUGUUCGUCAUACGGAUGCCGCUGCCACCACGUUUUUCCACCUGCUGGGGUGGCAGUUCGACGAGUGUGGGGAGAAGGCUUUUGAGUUCAGCCGUGUGUUUAAAGCUUUAGGUGUGUUGUUCGAUCUUAACGAUGCCCACGUAGGUCGAGUUUUGAUCAAAAACACUCCUUCGCGGAUCGACGAGCUUUGCCAACUCAUCACUCAGAUCGUUGAUAGCAGGACCUUGUCCCGGGCAGCUGCACAGCGGCUUCGCGGCAGAAUGCAGUUCUGCGAUGGUUUCUUGUUCGGUCGUGCCUCCCGGCUCUGCUUGAAAGCCGUAACACGCCACAUUCACUCAACCUGCGACGAUGUGCAGGGUGAUGAGCUGUGGGAGUCCCUACUGCGGUUUCGAGACUGCUUGCGGGCCAGUCGGCCUCACGUGGUAGUAGCGAAUCACCAGGAGCCGCUCUACCUGUUCACUGACGCAUGCUACGAGCCCCAGGACCUGUUCAGGAACCGCCCCCUUGUCUGUCACCUAGACAACAACACAGCCCGAGACAUUGCCAUAUCCGGAAAAGGUCGGAGUCCGAUUGCGCACGCUCUGGUCACGGCGCUGUUGACGUUGGAGGAUGCGGGUGAGAUUCGGUGCUGGUACACCCGAGUGCCGUCACCAUCCAAUGUCGCCGACGAGCCGUCGCGGCGCCUGUGUCGGUCCUUGGUCGUAG